AUGCCCCUGAAGCGCCCUGCAGCAUCCGUGCUGAAGAAACCGGCGGCUUCGGCCGCUGAGCCGGACGUGGCCCAGCUCACGACGGCGCCGGAGAUCGGCAAGUUCCUCUUCGGACACGAUGAGGACGAAACUUCGCGCCGCUUGGCGCUCUUGUCCGACUCGCAGAGGCAGACGCUGACGAAAAUGUUCGAGCGUGCUCGCAAAGAGCACGGGCAGGAGUACGAUGCUGUCAGUCUGCAAGGGGCAGGCGCCAACCGCAAGAAAGGCGAGCUCUUGCUUGCUUGGCUUCAGCACGGCUUCAACGAGACUUACUGCACUCUGGCAGCAAAGAUUGUCAUGAAGCAGUCUCGCCUGACUCGGGAGGAGUGGAUCCCCUUGCGCGAAGCCCAGCGCUUGUAUGGCCGCUUUGAGCUGAAGAAGCGCCUGAAGAAGGGAUCCUUGGAGUCGCGCCGUGAUCCGGCUGACCCCGAGUUCUUCCAGGUGCGGAGGCGCCGGGAGCUUCAAGAGACUGGCACCACCAAGCAAAAAGAGCUCAAGGCGCUGUCCACAGGAGGAAAAGCUGGCGCCAAGCAUGUCUGGGGCCAGCUGGAAUCUGACGAGCAAGCUCCGGGCUGGUCCGACUUGAAGCUUGCCCGCCCAGCAAAGAAGGGAAGGAUCGGCGCUGGUGGCGGGCGGGCCACAGACGUCGAUGCUAUGAUGGCCCUGCUGGAUGAGGGCGGGUCGGAUGACAAUGUCGACGCAGAGUCCGACAAUGUCGGAAGCGCCGAUGACGAUGAGUUCGGGCAGUCUGCCGACUCGGAGGAAGAGCCGCCUCUGGCCCUGGAAGACAAAAAGUCCCGCCGGGCAUCUCGCUCCCAGGCGCCAAGCAGCAAGGUCAGCUUGGACGACGUUGAGAAGUACAGCGCCAAAGUUGGAUCUGUGCAUCGUGAGGAGCUUCGGCGCCGCCUGUCUGCCACCGCCAAGCUCGCCACUGCUGCCAUCGAGGAAAUGACCGCCGCGCAGGACGCAUCGAAAGGCCAGCAGAAGCAGCGGAUCGUCGGCUGCAGCAAUGCCUCGAAAGCUGCGCUGACACAGGCCCAGGCGGCGCUCGCAGACAACGGCGCAACUGCCGAAGUCUGUAAGCGGGCGCUGCUCGAAUGCGUCAAGUCCUUGAGCGCGUGGCGCCGGACACGCGCUACAUCGGCCUGA